AUGCCGUACGGUCAGCUUGAAGUUGUUGUCGGUAAAAGAGGAUUCGAUUUUGAAGCUCAAAAACUUAAAGAAACCGACUUCCUUCAUAAAGUGAAUCCAUACGUUACUUUAUCUUUGGAUAAGACUAAUAUAAAGAAAACACAUAUUCUUCAGAAUUCUGGACAAGAUGUUUCUUGGAACACACAGUUUUAUUUUGAUAUUGUUGAGGGACGUGAAGCUACGGUUUCAUUAGACACUGUUUAUCAGGUUGGAGGUAUUGAUCAAUGGAUUAAUAUUGCAAGACCAAGUGGUAAAGGCGCAGGAGAAAUACAUUUAAUAAUGAAAUUCUAUAAAGAGGGUCCUACUUCUGGUCCUGCUGGUUCAACGCCUUAUCCAUUACCAGAACAUAAUACUAGUUAUUUUUCACGCCCAAAUAUCGACUUAGAUAAUAUACGAACUCCAUCUUACAGAGAUGGUAACAGUUAUAAUAGUCUUGGCCCAAUCGGCGGUAUGGGAUAUGGUUCCGGCACUCCUCUUCCAAUUGCAUUACCUAUCAGAUUACACCAAAAAACUGCUGGUUACACAUCAGAAGAAACAGAUAAGACUAUGGAUUAUGUUAAAUCGUAA